CUUCUUACUUACUGGUUCUUCUUCCGCAAGAAAAAGGAAGAAGUCCCUGAUCUCCCCAAAAUCCAACCAGUGGUGGAGUUUCCUUGCUGGUAAACAAGAAGGUGCUGUGAAUGAGCAAGAUGCAGGAUCGCACUAUCAGCAACUGCCCUUGGAUGGCUUGAGAGCCAGACAUUUCCUGGAGAGACGGGGGGUAGGUCUGUCUGCAGGGCAAGGAAGCUGGCUUAGAAAAUGUAGGACUCCAGACCUGUGCAAGCAGAGAGCCUUCUGCAGGGAUUGUCUCUGGCUGAAGUAGAGAGCCUUGAUCUUAAGCGAUGUCACUUUUCUCUGAAGCUCUGCCUUUACUCACCAAGCUGUCCUGAACUACUUUGAUGGCUUCUGGGUGAUGGCUUCUGUUAUUUCACUUGAGCCCUGAAUUUCAACUUCAACCUUGAAAGAUCAGGGGAUAAAAGUUAUGAAAAAACAAUUUGGAUGCAUUAUGGUGGUUGCUUCCUUUAAUGGGUUUGCUUACGAGUGGAGGAAUGCAAACAAGGUCUCUGAACCGAACACCGAGACCGAGUACCAGUACCUCCGUGCUGCACUGGGAGUCACUGGGAGCUGCUGCUGAGCAGUACCUCGAGUAGCCAGGCAGCCAAGUCAGCUAAGUCAGCUCAGCAGUGUCUCCAAAGAAAAUGCUGCUGCUGCAGCUGCUAUUGAUUACAGAUGAUGAUGCACAGUUGAAGACCGUAUUCUGGAUGGCAUCUGGGUUGGAUUCAUUCUGCAUGGCUCCCAUAGGAACAGUCAUGUUUUACCCCAGUGAUGUGUUUGUUGGUUUAGCUACAGCUCAGACACUUGGUGAUCACUUGUCCUUGCAGUGAAAUGGAGCUGUUUUCCUGCCUGAAGCCUUGAGAGUGGGAGCAGAAUUCAGCAUAUAUAAAGGCCUCAUGCGUUCCAGGUGUCGUGUACCUUUGUCAGCAUAAUAUAUCUAUAUGUGGGACCAGCCGGAAUACUGCUCUCUGAAGAUCACUUGCGUUUUGACCGUUUUCAGACUUAAUUGAAACCACCAGAGCAUUCUCCGGCGGCCUGCUCUGCAGAUGUCAUUAGAGAGAAUGGCUCUUGAUCUCCACGCAGCCGUGGCUGGGACGAUUGUGCUUUUUUCUUGGUGACAUUACUGGGGAAUGCACUAAUUAUUUUUAUUCUUCAACUGUGCCUCCUCUGUGUGUUUCUCAAUCACAGAUUUCUUUCUCUUCUCGUGUCCCCCGCUCUGGAGUUGCACAGACUGCUCCUCUCGGGAGACCCGGGCGAGACACUGAUUGGUACAUUUGGUGUCAACCCCUCCCUUCUCCCCCCAGCCUGCCUCUGUUUUUAGCAUUGUUUGGGGCAGAAAUUGGCUUAUCUCUAUUCUGCAGCUAUAGAGAAAUUCAUUCCCUGGUGCAUAUAGGGCUUCCUGUCGCAGGAAUCGCUCCAACUUCUUAGCCUGAUUAGCUCUCUUUGCUGCUUGCGUGUGUGCUAGAGAGAGCGAGACCAUCUCUAAUUUAAUUUAAUAGAAUCCUGAAGAGAACAAACUCCUUUAAGCUGCCUCUGUAAUGGCACUGCCAUAGUUACCCACAAUGUUGCUCACGCAGUGUCUGGAAUCAUUUCAUUCAGCUACAGGAUUGACUUUCUUUAUUAGAGAGGAAAAAAAAAAAAGAAGAAUAUAUAUAAAAGCAGCUGUGAUAUAAACAGUUUCCAAGGUAACAAGGCUGGAGGAGGGUUUUGUGUCCCGUCUCCCCUUUUCCACGCGGAUGGGAGAGGGAAGCGUGCUGCGGGGAAUCCUGGGAGGUUUCGUUCUUGACUCCCAGUUCCUUUCUGCCACUGCUGCCAGAUGUUGCAGUUUCUCAGGACUGCGCGGAUCCGCUCAGUAACUUCCAAAGCCUUGCGACGAGGAUCCAAGCAGACUGGACCGCUCCUGCUAUGACCUGUGCCAGGACCUUUGUGCAGGCUCCCUUCUCCUUAACAAAGGGCUGACGUUUGGCUUUGAUGCCCAAGAGGAGCCGAAUGGAAAGGCCUAUGUGCGUGUUUCUCCAGAGCUAAGUUAGAUCCUUCCCCCCGGCGCACACCUCCCCUUGCAGACAGGCACGGCUGCCCCGGGACUCUUUGUUUGUGCUUCCCUACCUCGACCAUGGGGUGUGCGUACUCGGCGCCACGAGAAGAGGCGGCCGUGGCGAGAACAUCUUCAGUGAGAGACAGCAGCUUCAUUGAGAAGAUGAAGAAGACGGGGCGAAACAUUGUGGUUUUCUAUGGUUCCCAGACGGGUACAGCAGAGGAAUUUGCCAAUCGCCUCUCCAAAGAUGCUCAUCGUUAUGGCCUCCGGGGCAUGGCAGCUGAUCCAGAGGAGUAUGACUUGUCGGACCUGAGUCGCCUGUCUGAGAUUGACAAGUCCUUAGCAGUGUUCUGCAUGGCCACUUAUGGUGAGGGUGAUCCUACAGACAAUGCCCAAGACUUCUACGACUGGCUGCAGGAGACUGAUGCUGACUUGUCAGGUCUCCGAUUUUCAGUCUUUGGGCUGGGGAACAAGACUUAUGAGCACUUCAAUGCCAUGGGGAAGUAUGUGGACAAGAGAUUGGAGGAGCUAGGAGCCCAGCGCAUCUUUGAACUUGGGCUGGGAGAUGAUGAUGGCAACCUGGAAGAAGACUUCAUCACCUGGCGAGAGCAGUUCUGGCCAGCAGUGUGCGAGCACUUUGGGGUGGAGGCUACAGGAGAAGAGUCCAGCAUCCGCCAGUAUGAGCUGGUGGUGCACACAGAUGUGAACAUGAACAAAGUCUACACUGGUGAGAUGGGCCGUCUCAAGAGCUAUGAGAACCAGAAGCCGCCAUUCGAUGCCAAGAAUCCUUUCCUGGCCCCAGUUACGGUGAACCGCAAGCUGAACGAGGGUGGAGAGCGACACCUCAUGCACCUUGAGUUGGAUAUAUCCGAUUCCAAAAUCAGGUAUGAGUCUGGGGACCAUGUGGCUGUGUACCCAGCCAAUGACUCCUCGCUGGUGAAUCAGAUUGGUGAGAUCCUACAUGCAGAUCUGGAUACAAUCAUGUCCCUAAAUAAUUUGGAUGAGGAAUCCAAUAAGAAACAUCCCUUCCCUUGUCCCACGUCCUACCGUACAGCCCUUACGUACUACCUGGACAUCACAAAUCCACCUCGCACCAAUGUCUUGUAUGAGCUGGCCCAGUAUGCCACGGACACCAGCGAGCAGGAGCAGCUCCGCAAAAUGGCAUCAUCUGCUGCCGAGGGGAAGGCCCUCUACCUCAGCUGGGUGGUGGAGGCCCGGAGGAAUAUCCUGGCCAUCCUGCAGGACAUGCCCUCACUGCAGCCUCCCAUCGACCACUUGUGUGAGCUUCUGCCUCGCCUGCAGGCACGCUAUUACUCCAUCGCCUCCUCCUCCAAGGUUCACCCCAAUGCCAUCCACAUCUGUGCUGUGACGGUGGAGUAUGAGACCAAGACAGGACGCCUGAACAAAGGGGUGGCCACCAACUGGCUCAAGAGCAAGGUGCCUGACGAGAAUAGGAGCAAGUCCCUGGUGCCCAUGUAUGUGAGGAAGUCGCAGUUUCGCCUGCCCUUCAAACCCAGCACGCCUGUCAUCAUGAUCGGGCCGGGGACUGGCAUAGCCCCCUUUAUCGGCUUCAUACAGGAGCGGGCCUGGCUGAAGCAGCAAGGCAAAGAUGUGGGUGAGACGGUGCUUUACUAUGGCUGCCGCCAUGAGCAUGAAGACUACCUGUACCGCGAGGAGCUUGCUCGCUUCCAUCAGGAUGGAUUCCUCACCCAGCUCAAUGUUGCGUUCUCCAGAGACCAGGCUGAGAAGGUUUAUGUUCAGCACUUACUGAGGAAGAACAAGGAGAACGUCUGGAAGCUGGUUAAUGAGGCAAAUGCUCAUAUCUAUGUCUGUGGUGAUGCUCGCAACAUGGCCCGGGAUGUGCAGAACACCUUCUACGAGAUUGUGGCUGAGUUUGGAAACAUGAGUCAGCCCCAGGCCGUGGACUAUGUAAAGAAACUGAUGACCAAGGGCCGGUACUCUUUGGAUGUCUGGAGCUAAGAGCAGGGCUGGCAGGGCCAGGGAGAGAACAGAUCCUUGGGUGUGGGUCCAUAGGAAGUGAAAGGUGCCUGCCAGCCCACCCUGCCUGUGGGUGACUGCAUCAUCCCCACCCCACAGCUGCCCCAGUGUCACCCUCAACCCCUCUGCUCUGGUGCUGACAGCUAUAGCAGUCCCCCAGGGCAUGCUGGGGAUGGAGCAUCUGGCAUCUGUCCCCCAUGUGUGUGUAUCCCUGGGAGGCAGAAGGGGUUGAGAGGGACAUGAGCUGGCUAAGGCUACUGUCUGGGAGCUGUGGUAGCCCUUGGCACCCAAGGGAGCAUCUCUUGGCCCCUGCCUUUUCUUUGGGGUCAGUGGCACAGCUGAUGGUGGGCACAGAAGGGGGCAGGAGGAACAGACAGCACUGGAGGAGCUCUGGACUCCUUUUGUGAACAUGUGGCUUUGCUUCAUCGCCUGGCACCUCAGGGAGGGGACAGGAGAGGCUGGUUUUGGGGCCAGAGACAAGACAAGCCUCCCUGUGCAGUACAGGCUGGAUACGGCAGAGGGGGUGCAGGAGCCCAGCAGCCCUUUGCGCACCAGCUUAGUGGCAAGGGCAUGGUGCAGGGCAGUGAGCCGUCCUCACCUUCCUCUCAGUCUGAGCGUCCAGCCGUCUCUGGGGCAAGGGAGGUAGGGCUGCCAGCCAGCUCCCUCCAGCUCUCUGCUCCUGGCUCUCCCUGCUGGGAGGAGCAGUGUCCCCUGCUCUGGUCUUGCUCGAGGAGAGUCCUGAUCCAUCCUAUGCUGGAAGGAUGUUAACUGUGCACAAAAUUGCCCCAUACAAUGGCUAAAUAGAUGCUGGUCCCAGCAAUUGCUGCUCCCAGGAAAAGGCAGAGUGAGUUCCCAGUCUGGCCUUAAGCAAAGGUCAGCCAGGACCCUUCAGGCACCCCUUCAUCCUCCCCCCUUGCCGCGGCCCUCCAUGGCUCUAGUGUGCAGAGGGGAGGAGAUGGCUCCUGUCCCUGCCAGAAGAGAGCUGGUGUGGGGGCUCAGAGGCUUCAGCAGCCUUGCUUGUUCCCUGCAGGUCCUGCAGCUGGCAGCUCCCCUGUGCCCAGCCCCUCCAUCAUGCUGUGUACGGUCAUUUUUUAAAUACUGUUUUUAUUUUAACACCUUUGUGAUUUAAUCAUGGAAAAACUUUCAGGCUAUCCAAUGAUGUAAAUUAUUUAAAUAUACUUUGCCCUUGGAAUAAAAACACUGUUUCUGUA